AUGCAGAAACAGACAGUAGAUAAGAGGGUCAUCCCCAAAGAUAAAGGCUGUUUUCAGUGCUCGCGACGCAGGAUAGUCUGCGACAAGGGUGAACCGGCAUGUAGGAAAUGUCUCAAGAAAGGCAUCGAGUGUUCUGGUUUGCAACGAAUACGCUUCACUGAAGGGUUCCUAGGCAGAUCCAAGGGACGUAAUACCUCUAUUGAUCCAAAUCAAUGUCGUAUUGUAGCUCAAUCAUCGGAUCAUGCUUGCGUGAAAAUUCGGUGGAAGAGUGACAAGAAGGUCAAGAAACGGGAACGAUUCGAAAGACAGAGCGAUCCAAACACGGGAACCAACGAAAGUCAAUCUCAUGCGCAGGGUGCAUUGGCUGGAAAUGAACUCUCUCCCCAAAUUGAUGCACCGGAACCGAGUGGAAGACAGGAUCUCGCAGAUAUAACAGUCCUCACUGUUCAACCAUGGAUUCCCCUACUCAGCUCAGAAGCGCGGAUGCUGUUCAGUUACUUUUCGAAUGUAGUGGCGCCGGCAAUGGUAGUCCUUGAUACACUCCCAAACGGCUAUCGUGAAUUCAUUUUGCCGAUGGCAGUCGAAGACGAUAUACUUCGUCGCGCUGUUGGUGUUGUUGCGUCACAACGCCUCAGUCACGAGCGUCCUGACCUUAGGGGUGCGGCCGAGACUGGUCGCGCUGCUCUCAUUUCCCGCUUACGCCGCGAAUCUUUGUGUGGCAGUGCUGAUCGAGUGUUCAGCAAGUUUACUUGGGCCACACUGAUUGUCUUACUUGUUGGCGAAACAGUCACUGGUAAUGCCGAUUACACCUUCUUGGCUAACAUGUUAAUUUCUCUCUCGGAGAACAGCAAAGCUAAGAAUGAGAACUCAGAGGUGGUAAAGUUCCUCCAAGCGCAGACCAACAUGUUCACAUUACUCGGAUCUCCACUGCUGGGAGAGGAUAAAGGUCUCCUCGCCAUUACGGGAUUAUUCCAGACUUGGCCGGAUUUUCUAUCAUACAAGGAACUUCCUAUCGCAUCUAACGACCGACAGGUCAUGGAAAACGUACGACAGAGUUUUGCAUGCGCUUGUUCAAUAUAUAUCCACCGGGUUACUUCCAAAGACCCGGGCCUCGAUGCGAUUUCCCUAGAAGCCGACGACGUUGCUCAGUACGACCGAAUUCAAAUGCUGGUACAACACCUCUCGCAGAUUCCACCAGAGGCGCCUGGUGCCCACGCUUUUGUGUGGGUAUGUUUUGUUGCCGCAGCAGAGUCAAAUGAUCUCCUUCAACGGGACUUCUUCGUGGACUACAUGUGUAACAUUUACGCCAGGACGGGCUUCGAGAACAUACCAGGCGCCAUCCAAAUACUGCACCGAAUCUGGGAAGGAAAGUUGAACAGACGUUGGACGCAGUGUCUCCCAGACUUGUCUAAAGUGCUCAUAAUGUAA